AUUCUCUCUCGUCUGUAAUUUUCCGAUUUUUAGGAUUGUCGUAACGUGAAACCAGGGGCUGUAGUAUCCGAAACAUUCCCUUUUCGGUAAAUUUCGAAUAUAUCGCCCGGCAUUUCGUCUCCCGGCCAAGAAUAUCGGUCCGAAGAUUGUUGUUUCUGCAUUGGGAGAAAAUUUGGUGAUCUGGGUUGACUUCACACUGCCAAAAUUGAAGCGAUUUUGAUUAUCGCAAGAUUUCGGGUUCACUCAGUUUGGUGCAACGGAAAGUUCAGUGAAGAGGUUCCAGUUUCAUUUUUCAAAUUUAUUCGGUUCCUUUCUCUGGAGAUUGAAAUGUUUGGUUCUUCCCGUGCCGGUUCUUCAAGAUGAGGUGUUGAUCUAGUGGGAAAACAGAGUGGCCUAUAUUGAAUGAAGGCAUUGAAGCAGAGCGGUUGAAAGAGAGAGAGAGUUCGAGACUGGGAAUAGUGGCAGCUAAGCUAAGGGACUAGCGACUAGGAAGAGAGAGAGAGAGAGAGAGAGAGAGAGAGAGAGAGAGAGGCAGCUUAAAGCGACAAGAGCAGAGAAAAAAAAAAGCAGAGUUGAGGGUUUGCUUGGGGGUAAAAAGGGUAAAGAAGAAAGGGAGAAGAAGAUGUUUACAUGCAUAGCAUGUACGAAGCAGACGGACGAUGGUGGAGAGGAAGGAGGUGCGCGUGGCAGUGGCACCCCAAGUACAAAAGAAGCCGUCAAAAGCCUGACGGCGCAGAUCAAAGAUAUGGCACUGAAAUUCUCUGGUGCUUACAAGCAAUGUAAACCAUGCACAGGGUCGAGUAAUUAUAAGAAAGGAACACCGAGACCUUACCCGGAUUUUGACACUGCUUCAGAAGGGAUUCCAUACCCCUAUAUUGCAAGCUCAAGUUCUACACCAGCUUGGGACUUCACCUCUAAUCAUCAAUUGGGUGCAAGAUCAGACUCAAGAUUUACCAGAGGAUAUGGUGGUGGUGAUCGGACCCCGGGAGGUGCAUCCUAUGCUCAGUCUUGUGAUGUAGUUUUGGAUGAGGAUGAGCCUAAGGAGUGGAUGGCACAGGUGGAACCCGGCGUACACAUCACUUUCGUAUCUCUUCCUAAUGGGGGAAAUGAUCUCAAACGAAUUCGUUUCAGCCGAGAGAUGUUUAACAAAUGGCAAGCUCAGCGAUGGUGGGGUGAGAAUUAUGACCGCAUCAUGGAGCUCUACAAUGUUCAGAGAUUCAACCGGCAAGCUCUGCACACUCCUCCAAGGUCUGAAGAUGAGCAGCAGAGAGAUUCUUCUUAUUCAAGGAUGGGAUCUGCUAUGGAAAGCCCUAUGGCUCCAUCAAACAAGGAUUGGACACCAAGGAACCAGUAUAAACCCUCUGGAGCUGGAAGUAGAGGCUAUUUCCCAUCCGAUUCUUUUGAUCAUGGUGGUGGUGGUCACCACUACAAUGCUGGUGGUUCUAGUGCUUAUGGAGCAGGCGGGCACAAGGGAGAGGCAUCAUCUUUCGAUGCUUCACGGACAACAACCUCCUCUAGAGAUGAAGCUUCAAUCUCAAUUAGCAAUGCUAGUGAUGUCGAGUCAGAAUGGGUUGAGGAAGAUGAGCCUGGGGUAUAUAUAACCAUAAGGCAGCUAGCUGAUGGCACUCGGGAACUUCGCCGUGUCCGAUUCAGCCGCGAAAGGUUCGGGGAGAUGAACGCAAAGACGUGGUGGGAAGAAAACAGAGAGAGAAUACAAGCUCAAUACCUUUAAAUUUUAACAUUACAAACACAACCAACAUUUCUGAUGGAUGAUAUGAAAGAGUUCAAGGUGCAUCUGGAUGUCUUAAAAAGCUGAAAAAUGAAAGAUUUCAGUGAAGUCUCCACAGGAAAUUGGUGUUGCCACCACUAUUAUAUGAUCUAACACUUCAAAUAACUUCAUUUUUUUAGCUAUCAUAUAUAGUGAUGAUGGCUCAUGGGGUGGUGGUUCAUUUCCUGUCAGGGCUCAUUUACAUGAGGAUAUCCAGAUGUGUCAAGUUUUGCCUUCAUUGGUGUCUUUGAGUCUUCUUUUCCCUUUAUGACUAUUAGUUUUUGGGAUUAUGGGAUUCGUGGCUCUCAUUUGAGUUUGUUCUUUGUAACACAUAUAGUUUGAGAAAUGGAAUUUAAUUUAUUUGCGGUUAUCUCUCUGAAUGCCUUGUAUUGCUCAAAAUGCUCAAAGCAUUUGCCCCAUAUGUACUUUGAAGUGUAAUUCGGCUUCCA